AUGCACCUCCUCGCCUCCAUCGCUCUCGUCUGCGGACUCGCGACAGCCCAAACAACUCUGACCAACACCAGCCAAUCCGCCCUAGACAACUCGACGGAUCUUCCAAUCCCCCGGUGUGCGCAACUCUGCUUCGCCCAAAUCCUUCCCCAGUACGAGUGCUCAAUGUCGAGUGUGCAGUGUAUCUGUCCGAAUACGAACCUCACGAGCGAUGUGCAGGCUUGUUUGUAUUCGAAUUGUACUAUACCAGACCAGCUUCUCGCCGAGAAAUUCUCGAAAGAUACCUGUGGUGCUGCGUCUCGCGAUCAAGCUGGUGUUACUAGACGAGUCACAUGGGUCUUGUUUGGGUUGGCGAUUGUCUUCGUCGCUGCGAGAGCCAUUGCGAGACCUCAGAGGCUGAAGGGGAGUGGAUAUGGAACGGAUGAUUGGACGAUUCUCGUUUGCACGGCAUUGCUGCUGGUGCUCAAUGUCCUGGUGCAGACGAUGACGCAUAAAGGGCUGGGGAGGGACAAUUAUACGCUGCCUGCUGAGGAUAUCACGGAGAUGUUGAAGCAAUUCUACGUCUUCGAAAUCAUCUACACCCUAAUCGUCAUGACGACCAAGGUCUCCAUUCUGCAACUGUAUUUGCGUAUCUGGACCGAAGAAGCAGUCUCUAUGUGGUUUCGUCGAGCUUGCUGGGCCUUCAUCUGGAUCUUGAUCACGACAAUGUUUGCCUUCGUAAUCAGCCUAAUCUUCCAAUGCUCUCCAGUCAGCUACGCCUGGACCGACUGGGACGGCCUCCACCACGGACACUGCAUCAACCGAGCCGGCCAGAUCUACGCUUUGGGAGCCAUCAACAUCGCCUACGACGUUUUCGUCUUCGUCCUGCCACUCCACAACUUCCUGAAGCUGAACAUCUCCUGGCGCCGCAAGAUGGGCGUCUGCCUGAUCUUCAUGGUCGGCCUCCUCGUCACAGUCUGCUCGAUCAUACGGCUUCAGUAUCUAGUCAAAGUCGGCCUCUCCUCGAACCCGACCUGGGACUACACCUCCACGGCAAUCUGGAGCUCGGUCGAAUGCAACUUCUCCGUUAUCUGCACCUGCAUGCCCGCCAUGGCAGGCCUGAUGCAACGCCUCUGGGCGACGAUGACAGGAAACCCGCUCAGCACGAGCUCAGCGGAGAGCAAAGCGCCCAUCAAGCCUGAAGUCAUCGACCCCGAGAACCCCGUCUCCGAAGACGAAAUCCUCCACAUGCGCGACCCGCGCGCCUCCUUCUCCGCCUCCGCGACCGAAGUCCACGAGACAGACCCCUCCGCCCCGACAGAGAAAAUGGGCCACUCCUCCACCACCGACGGCGUGGAGAUCAAGCACGCCCCGCCUAGCGAGACGACCGCCACGAGGAUGAGUUAUCGCGACGACGAAGGGCGUUUGCAUGAGGUUAAAGUGAUUGAUCGGCCGACGAGCGAUGUGCAGCCGCCGGAUCCGGAGGUUCAGAGGGCGACGGAGGCGCAGAGGCAGGCGCUGAGGAAUUUGAGGAGGGCGGAGCAGGUGGAGUGGAGGGCGGAGCCGAGUUUGCAGAGGGAUUGGAGGACGGAGGGGCUGCCGGGGAGGAGGUUUUAG